UAACACCCUAGUCCCUACCAAUAACUACCUAAAGGAACCCGUUCAAAUUUCAGGAUCCGAAGCUCACUGCUACUCUCAUGGCGCUGGCGCCAAUUCACCCCCUUCCUUCUGAAUCCAACCUCCUCCUCGCCAGAAUUUCCCGGAAACUCAGAAUCUAUCUCCGGCACCGUGGUUGUCGACGGUCAUCGCCGGCAAUUGCGAUUGAAAGUGUGAAUCUCGAUCAUCGCAGGUAAGUUUCUGCAAUGGAUCGGACGAGGCACGUAUAUGCACCGCAAAAGAGCGUUCAUAACGCGCCAAGUAGUGGCGCUCCUCCUUCUCCCGGGGAACUUCCUGCUCGAGGCCAUGUGCGUUCAGGCUCAGCCGGCGUCGUUUCCAAUGCGAGGAGACCUCAGACCACAAUAGCUGCCGCUCAGAGGCUUGCUCAGGUUAUGUCACAUCAGGCAACUGAUGAAGACGAUGAGGACGAGGACGACCUUUUGUAUGACUUCACUCCUGCCAAUUCAUCCGCUGGCCUUGGGCUUGCUGGCGAAAGGACUGCCAGAAGCCGUUCCCCCAUGGCAGCUCGUACAUCAAUGGAAAACCAUGCAUCUGCUCGCUCAGUGAUAAGGAUGAGGCCCUCUCCAUCUGUUGGCUCUUUGGAACAACAAUCUUCAUCAGGGGACCACUCAACACUAGCCACUCGAUCUUCUUUGCCAAGUCCACUAGAGAAACCUUCUUCUGAUCGUUCAGCAUCAAUUACAAGAUCAUAUCAUAUGCGUUCACCGGAGCAACCUCCAUCAGCUCAUUCAACAUCAGCUACUCGAUCAACAUUAGUUCCUCAUCCAUGUCCACUAAUGCUGUGGAACAUGUACAACCCCCAUCUGCUCGCUCAGCAGCUGGUCGCUCAUCUCAUCCAAUGGUGAUGGAUCAACCUCCAUCUGCUCGCUCUACCUCAGCUG